ACAGAGGAAAACUGCUUGACCUGCCUUAAGGCUGCGCCUUCUGUUAAGCCGGUUUCAACACAGGCAACAAAAGUAUCGCCACUGCUAAUGUCGAACUGCAGUUGCUUUGUAGUUGCAUGUGUGAACUCAUAGUUUUCGGUGGCGCCAUUUAAGAAGCGCAACUUUUGUCACGUCACAAAAAGUUGAACUUGGCUCUACUUUGUUGCCCCAUUUUGCCUUCUCCACAAUCGAAUAACGUCAUUCGAUUGCUACCUCGCGGCUGUAUUCAAACCUAUCUAGUGCGUAUUCGUUCGCAGAUAGUGCUUUUGUUUGUGCUUUUGCUAUUAAUAUGUCGAAAAAGUGAUCAAUAGCGACAAUUAUGAGAAUCUUGGAGGUGUAUCAAGAACGAGAAUGCCUUUGGAACCACAAACGCGAAUCAUACAAAGACAGAAAUUUCAGAGACGCUGCAUUAAUUGAAAUAGUAAACAGUAUGCGUGAAUAUGUACCUGGAAUUGAUGUAGCUACAACAAAAUUAAAAAAUUCGAAGCAUUCGAAAUGCUUACAUGAAUGAACAUAAAAAAAGUACUGAAAUCACUUAAGAGUGGUGCGUCAACAGACGGUAUUUAUAAACCAAGCCUUGCUUGGUUUGAAGCUGCACACCGGUUCUUAAAACAUGUAGUCGAGACAAGAGAGACGAAAAACAGUUUGUGGUGCCGGCUGUGGAAGUUCGUCGUCUUCUCUACGGUGGCGACCAUGAUGGCCAUGGGAGGAGGAGGAGAUGCCAUGGAGCUGGGAUUCAUGCACCGCUAUAACAGAUCGCAGUUGCAGCUGCAGCCGGCCCGGAGCCUCAGGAGCGAGGAGCCCGGCGGCCCGCCGGCGGUGCUCCCGUGGGACGAGCUGUUCCUCCCCGACGACUCGGCUCUGGAGGGCGACCUGGUGGAGCCCUACGGCGGUGGGCUGCCCGUCGCAGGAACCUCCCGCCAGGACCGCGACUCGGGCGUCAGCUACCAGCCGCUGUGCCAGACGCAGAGGAACCGGGUGGAGCUGAACGACGGCGUGUACGAGUACCGGCCGCCGCACUACCACGAGGUGCUGUGCCGGCAGGCCGCGGCCGCCAGCCGCGAGCAGCAGCAGCAGCAGCAGGACCGCGAGGCCGCCGACGCGCUCAGCCUGCGCGCCAGCUCCGUCGUCACCAAGCAGAUGUGCGUGCACCCGGGCUUCACGUGCGUGCAGCGCUACCAGAAGGUGUGGCUGACGCGCCGCCGCUACGAGUCCAGCUGCUGGGAGAUGGUGACGCGCACCGUGCCCUCCGGCUGCGAGUGCAUGUGGCCCGAGAACCGCUUCGGCGACAUCUCGCGCCACUACUGACGCCGACGUGGACGCCGCUCCGGACGCGCCGGGCGCUGAGCGUGUCCCGGGACACUCUGCUCGCGUAGCGCCCCUGCACUGUACCCGCUAGUCUCAAUA